CAUGGAGCCGGAGUCGGUGAUCGAGGACAAGACCAUCGAGUUGAUGAUCCACCAAUCCGGUGACCAUCUGAUUUAAUGGCUACCGGAACCCUGCUAGCUGUACAGGUUUCCUUGUCUUUCUAACAACAUUAGGAGUGCAUAUUGGGAUUUCGUUCAAGAAAAGAAGUAGAUACACCAAGCUGAAGAUGAUUGGCUGCUCUCUUUUGACAGACAAGUGUGAAAAGGAAACCCCAUUCGAAUUUCCAUUCAUUCUGGAUUGGUGGAUCUGAAGCACAGAAACAGAGUUUCAGUGUUCUGUGCCAAGGUCUUUGUGGCUAGGCUGCUCCAACCUGGUAGAGAGCAUGUGCGCACUGAGAUGCCUGCAGAGCAUGCCCAGUGUCAGAUGUCUCCAGAACACAUCAGUAAUGGAGGAUCAGAAUGAAGAUCAGUCUCCAAAGAAAAACACACUGUGGCAGAUAAGCAAUGGAACUUCAUCUGUGAUAGUCUCAAGGAAACGACCAUCUGAAGGAAACUACGAAAAGGAAAAAGACUUGUGUAUUAAAUAUUUUGACCAGUGGUCUGAAUCGGAUCAGGUUGAAUUUGUGGAACACCUUAUUUCACGAAUGUGUCAUUAUCAGCAUGGACAUAUUAAUUCUUACCUAAAGCCUAUGUUGCAAAGGGAUUUCAUCACUGCUUUACCAGAGCAAGGCUUAGAUCACAUAGCAGAAAAUAUCCUCUCCUACCUUGAUGCCAGGUCACUCUGUGCGGCAGAGCUGGUGUGUAAGGAAUGGCAGCGAGUUAUUUCAGAAGGAAUGCUAUGGAAGAAGCUUAUUGAAAGAAUGGUACGAACCGAUCCACUUUGGAAGGGGCUAUCAGAAAGAAGGGGCUGGGAUCAGUACCUGUUUAAAAACAGACCCACAGAUGGCCCUCCUAAUUCAUUUUACAGGUCACUGUACCCAAAGAUAAUACAAGAUAUAGAGACUAUAGAGUCUAACUGGCGAUGUGGAAGGCACAACUUGCAAAGAAUUCAGUGCCGUUCUGAAAACAGUAAAGGUGUUUACUGUUUACAGUAUGAUGAUGAGAAGAUUAUCAGUGGCUUAAGGGACAACUCCAUUAAGAUCUGGGAUAAAACAGGAUUGGAAUGUUUGAAAGUAUUAACAGGCCAUACUGGCUCCGUUCUCUGCCUGCAAUACGAUGAAAGAGUAAUUGUAACUGGAUCUUCUGACUCCACUGUGAGAGUUUGGGAUGUGAACACAGGCGAAGUCCUCAACACGCUGAUUCAUCACAACGAGGCUGUGCUUCACUUGCGCUUCAGCAAUGGCUUAAUGGUGACCUGUUCAAAGGACAGAUCUAUUGCUGUCUGGGAUAUGGCCUCACCGACUGACAUCACUCUGCGCCGCGUACUAGUUGGCCAUCGGGCGGCUGUUAACGUUGUUGACUUCGACGACAAGUAUAUUGUAUCUGCUUCUGGUGAUAGGACCAUUAAAGUCUGGAGCACAAGCACAUGUGAAUUUGUUCGCACUCUUAAUGGGCACAAGCGAGGCAUUGCCUGCCUACAGUAUAGGGAUCGGCUUGUUGUGAGUGGAUCAUCAGACAACACCAUUAGGCUUUGGGAUAUCGAAUGCGGGGCCUGUUUAAGAGUGCUAGAAGGACACGAAGAACUGGUUAGGUGCAUCAGAUUUGAUAACAAGAGGAUUGUAAGCGGAGCCUAUGAUGGCAAAAUCAAAGUUUGGGACUUGCAAGCUGCUCUUGACCCCCGUGCCCCAGCAAGUACACUAUGCUUACGUACAUUGGUGGAACACUCAGGACGUGUGUUUAGACUCCAAUUUGAUGAAUUUCAGAUCAUUAGUAGUUCCCAUGAUGAUACCAUUUUGAUUUGGGAUUUUUUAAAUGUGCCCCCCAAUGCACAAAAUGAGACACGCUCUCCAUCAAGAACAUACACUUACAUCUCCAGAUAACAGUCUGCAAUGUACUGCUCUCCAAGGAUUCCACAGUCUUUGAACUACUGGACAUUUGGCAAUUACACACCUGAAGACAUCAGCCACCGCUAAAGUCAGAAGUGGUUCUAGAUGCUGUGUAGAUGCAAAGCAGAAGUCUAUAUCUAAAGUUACUUUUUCCAGUCCUCCACUCAGUCUGGUCUCCUCUGAGAAACUGACUAGGAAUUCACUGAGUCCAGCUAGAAGAAAUUCAGUCUGUCCUUCACUGCAAUGCAAGAUCCAAAGCUUCAUGAGUAAAUUGCCCAUAUACACUGAACUGAUGGCUUGUUUUUCCAGGAGUAAAUCAGGUGUCAAGGAAGGACUUGACCUAAUUUAUAUUUGCUUUGCACUUUUAUCUGACUCUGAAGAAGAAAAACAUUCUCAGUGAAAUUUGGGUGCCAAACAAUACCCAGAAUGUACAGGGCUUUGCUUGCAAAGCCACCCUCCUCCUCCUGUAGACUUUACGUUUCAUGACUGAUGCGGAUCCUGUUCUGUUGGCUAGGAGUAUCAAUUGGACUGAUAGAGAUAUUUCUGAAUGGAUCAGUAAUAUUUUGGAUGAUUGUUUACUUAUUUCUGCAACAGUAAUUUGCUUUAAUUUAACGAUUGUAAAUUGGGCUAGAGUAUCUAAACUUAGGUGUACAGCACUGUCCUUUCUUUUAAUUGUGCUUUGUACUACAGCCGUCCUCCUCCUCCUCCUCCUCCUCAUGUUUGGUAUAGUCGAAUCCUUCAUGUGUGCUUGCCUCAUAAUUUCCAAUACCGUAACUGUAUAAGCAUGUAGAUAUAUUGUACAUAAACAUUGUAACCUCCAAGUGCUGGGAGUCAGGGUCUCCUGAUACUGUAUGCAGAUGCCAAGGCGUACGUUUUUAAGCAGCAAGGCAUUCUCACUACUGGCACCAUAAUGGGGUUGGGAUGAAUUGCUUUAGAAAUAUUUCUCUGUGAAUAGGAGGAUUUUGGUAUCCAUUGGGAUUUUUU